AGUCUGUAGAGUCGGCCGGGCUACCGCCGGGACCGCGCCCCUCAGACCCUCUUGGGACUCAGUUGAGCGGCGCAGGGAGAUCUGCCCAGACUCCGGCACCCGCGUGCAAGGAUGUCUCAGUGGUACGAACUUCAGCAGCUGGACUCCAAGUUCUUGGAGCAGGUUCACCAGCUGUAUGAUGACAGUUUUCCCAUGGAAAUCAGACAGUACCUGGCCCAGUGGCUAGAAAAGCAAGACUGGGAGCACGCUGCCAACGAUGAUUCCUUUGCCACCAUCCGUUUCCAUGACCUCCUUUCUCAGCUGGAUGAUCAAUAUAGCCGCUUUUCUUUGGAGAAUAAUUUUUUGUUGCAGCAUAACAUAAGGAAAAGCAAGCGCAAUCUUCAGGAUAACUUCCAGGAAGAUCCCGUACAGAUGUCCAUGAUCAUCUAUAAUUGUCUGAAGGAAGAGAGAAAGAUUCUGGAAAAUGCCCAAAGAUAUAAUCAGACGCAGGAGGGGAAUAUUCAGAACACUGUGAUGUUAGAUAAACAGAAGGAACUGGACGGCAAAGUCAGAAACGUGAAGGACCAAGUCAUGUGCAUAGAACAUGAAAUCAAGACGCUAGAAGAUUUACAAGACGAAUAUGACUUUAAGUGCAAAACCUCGCAGAACAGAGAAAGUGAAGCCAAUGGUGUGGCAAAGAAUGACCAGAAACAAGAACAGCUACUGCUCCACAAGAUGUUUCUAAUGCUUGACAAUAAGAGAAAGGAGAUAAUCCACAAAAUAAGAGAGUUGUUGAAUGCCAUUGAGCUCACACAGAACAACCUGAUUAACGAUGAGCUGGUGGAUUGGAAGCGAAGACAGCAGAGUGCCUGCAUCGGGGGACCACCCAACGCUUGCCUUGACCAGCUGCAGAGCUGGUUCACCAUUGUUGCAGAGAGUCUGCAGCAGGCCCGUCAGCAGCUUAAAAAGCUGGAGGAGUUGGAGCAGAAAUUCACCUACGAACCGGACCCUAUUACAAAAAACAAGCAGGUGCUGUCAGAUCGCACCUUUGUACUCUUCCAGCAGCUCAUUCAGAGCUCAUUUGUGGUGGAACGGCAGCCGUGUAUGCCAACUCAUCCUCAGAGGCCACUGGUUUUGAAGACUGGGGUACAGUUCACUGUGAAAUUGAGAUUGCUGGUGAAAUUACAAGAGCUGAAUUAUAAUUUGAAAGUGAAAGUCUCAUUUGAUAAAGAUGUGAACGAGAAAAACACAGUGAAGGGAUUCCGGAAGUUCAACAUUUUGGGCACGCACACAAAAGUGAUGAACAUGGAAGAGUCCACCAACGGAAGCCUGGCGGCCGAGUUCCGACACCUGCAACUGAAAGAACAGAAAAAUGCUGGUAACAGAACUAAUGAGGGGCCUCUCAUUGUCACCGAAGAACUUCACUCCCUUAGCUUUGAGACCCAGCUGUGCCAGCCAGGCUUGGUAAUUGACCUUGAGACCACCUCCCUGCCUGUCGUGGUGAUCUCCAAUGUCAGCCAGCUCCCCAGUGGUUGGGCUUCUAUUCUGUGGUACAACAUGCUGGUGACAGAACCCAGGAACCUGUCCUUCUUCCUGAACCCACCGUGUGCACGCUGGUCCCAGCUCUCCGAGGUCCUGAGCUGGCAGUUUUCAUCAGUCACCAAGAGAGGUCUCAAUGCAGACCAGCUGAGCAUGCUGGGAGAGAAACUUCUGGGUCCUAAUGCUGGCCCUGAUGGUCUUAUUCCAUGGACAAGGUUCUGUAAGGAAAAUAUUAAUGAUAAAAAUUUUUCCUUCUGGCCUUGGAUCGACACCAUCCUAGAACUCAUUAAGAAGCACCUUCUCUGCCUCUGGAAUGAUGGGUGCAUCAUGGGCUUUAUCAGCAAGGAGCGAGAGCGUGCUCUGCUCAAGGACCAGCAGCCAGGGACAUUCCUGCUUAGGUUCAGCGAGAGUUCCCGGGAAGGGGCCAUCACAUUCACGUGGGUGGAGCGGUCCCAGAAUGGAGGCGAACCCGACUUCCAUGCGGUUGAACCCUACACGAAGAAAGAACUUUCAGCUGUUACUUUUCCAGAUAUUAUUCGAAAUUACAAAGUGAUGGCUGCUGAGAAUAUUCCAGAGAAUCCCCUGAAGUAUCUGUACCCCAAUAUAGACAAAGACCAUGCCUUUGGGAAGUAUUACUCCAGGCCGAAGGAAGCACCAGAGCCAAUGGAACUCGAUGACCCUAAGCGAACUGGAUACAUCAAGACUGAGUUGAUUUCUGUGUCUGAAGUCCACCCUUCUAGACUUCAGACCACAGAUAACCUGCUUCCCAUGUCUCCAGAAGAGUUUGAUGAGAUGUCCCGGAUAGUGGGACCUGAUUUUGAUAGUAUGAUGAGCGCAGUAUAAUCACGAAUCUCUCUCUUCUCUGGAGACAUUUUCCUUCCCAUCUGUGAUUCCCUCCUGCUACUGUUCCUUCACAUGCUGUAUUUCUAGGGAAAUGCAAGAAAGAACAACACCAUUUGUUGCACCCUGUUGAUAGCAAGUGACUAUUUCUCUAAUUAGAAACCUGUUACUCUGAAA